AUGCCAUGGUUAGCAUGUUCGGUGUUGGUGCAGACGAUUGCUGUUGUUGACACUUCGCGCUUGCCGCUUAUCGAGGCAGCGCAGUGGGCGUUGCAAGCAGGUGAUUCCUUCAGCUGCGCUGUGGCGAAGCGUUUCCAGGAUUGUGCUCAACCAUGGGCAGCUGUGGAGGCGUGGCGCUAUGCCGUAGCAAACCUGUUGGCAGCGAGGAAGUUCACAGGAGGCCAACACUUCGAGCUCGCAGAAAGGACGGCAGCUGCCGUCGGCAGAUUUUUCGCGACGCCCGAUGCUGGCAAGUUUACCGAGGCUGCAGAGAAGGUGUCGGAGCUGAGAAGGCAGUUGUCACUGCAGACUCCUCUUUCGUCUGCUCACCCGAUGCUGGACGAGGCAUCCAUUGACUCCGCUGGGCUUGGAGUUCCCUUUCCCCUUGCUGUCGUCCAAAUACCCGCAGAGACCGAGGCAGCAACACUUCAACUGAGGGGUGGUGUGUCAAUGCCGCUGCUUGCCCUCUCGAUCUCCGGACGUGGCAGACCAUCGCUUUCCAACGUGGCAGAAGCUUUGCAGAUGGGAGUCCGGCACUUGCAGGUCUCGCCAAGCGUCGCUGAAGUCGUUGGCCAAGCAAUCUGGAGAAGCAAGGUGAACAAGGCGGAUCUGUUCGUCUCGGUGCUGUGGGAAGGAUUCCUCAACUCUGCUGCCCAGCUCGAGUCCGUGGCAGCGAAGUUGGGGAAGCCGGUGGACAUGCUCAUCCUGCCCAAAGGAGAGGAGGGAGCAGAGUCUCAAACGUGGCGACACCUGGAGAGGCUGAGAGACAAACACAGAGUCGCCACGCUCGGCGUGAAGGACUUCACUCCGCAGGAGGUGGAUGCCUUGCCAAAGCGUGGGGCAGGUGUGGAAUUUGCUCAGUGCGUCUUUACUCCAUAUCGUCCCGGGCCGUCGCGCAACACAUGGAGGGACUUUGGCCAACGCUCCGUCGCACUGGCUGCAACUGGGCUUUUGUCAGACUGGCCACGGCCGCUCCGUCCGACUGAUGAUCCUCACGUACUUGCGAUCGCGGAGCGGACUGGCCGAAGCAGUGCGCAGGUGCUGAUACGCUGGGCUCUUCAGCUCGGGCUGGCGGUGGUGUUUCAUGCUGAUAGGGUCCAGCAUGUCCGCGAGAAUCUGGGAGCAUUGGGCUUCGAAUUGCCUCGGACGGAAAUGCAGCUAAUCAGUGGGUUGGUCACCCUGGCAGAUCCCGUUCCUCCUGGUGAUGGUUUCGGGCAUCCUUACGCUCCACGUGCUGUGGCGAGCGAGCUUUGA